GCCCUGUGAGGAAGUGCCCGCCCCGCUCCUCCUCUCCAGGAUUGAGGAAGUGGACGGACAAUGGGGGCGAUGAGAGCGGAGCUGGCUGAGCGGAGACACCCGCCGGGCGGACGAUGGUAAUUUCAGAGAAGACCGCUCUUAGUUGGUUUUGGUUGCACUGCUGACAGGCUGGUUCCUCAAGAUGUACUGGUGUGUUGGGGUUGAAGCAUGUGCUGGAAGUCGAGGUGGAAGUAUGGAUUCCCACAAUGGCUCGGCCAACAUGGGCAACAAGCAGGUCAUUCCUGGGGACCUGGGGGUAAAUCAGAGCCCAGUAAUAGCCGAGAUCCAGGCCAUGUACUGUGAAGGAGAUAGAGAUAAAGCACAUAACCUAGUGAAGAGCAUCUGUGAAGAGAACCUUCCACAGCAAGAAAAGCUCCAUCUCAUGAGAAUCAGCUCUGCCUGUGGGGACUUACCAUCUGUGCGCUAUCUGCUUCACGAGGCUCAAGUGCUUUUACCAACGGAACCCAACGAUGACAAUCCAGCAGUAAUUGCAGCUCAUUAUGGUCACGGAGAUUCUGUAGCCUUGUUACUGGAUUCCUUGCCAGAUGCCUGUAGUCACAAGCCUCUUCUGAACUGGCUGCUGGUCACGUGUUGUGAACAGGGACACCUUGCUUUAGUAAAGCUUUUGGUUCUGACGUAUCGCGCCGACCCCGACUGCUACGCCAUGAGGAAUAAUGAGUUCCCAGUCCUACGCAAGCUGCCCCUGUAUGCCUCCAUCAUGGCAGGACAUGAAGAUAUCGCAGAGUUCUUGCUCCAGAACGGAGCUGGUUUCUGUUCAUACAUCUUGAUGGAUAACCCUGAACUGACCAAAAAGUUGCUGAGGAAGAGAAGCCUCGCUGAAUCCACAGGCCAUAGGGAUCGGUCUGUACAGGAACCGGGUGUGUGCAUGAAGUGGUCCUGUCUUCGAUUGCCUUGGGUGGAUCUGGAUUGGUUCAUAGACAUUUCUUGCCAGAUAAGAGAGCUGGACAUCUCUUCUAACCUCCUGACUUCUCUUCCAUCAGUGGUCCCGUGGGGGCUUCUCAAUUUACAGAAGUUGAAUUUAAGUGACAACCAGCUGUGUGAUCUGCCCAGCAUACAAAGCUCAGAUGAAAUCAUCUGCUCCAGAUUGCUUGAAAUUGACGUUUCCAAUAACAAGCUGACAUCUCUCCCCCCUGGAUUACUCCAUCUGAGCCGGCUUCAGAAACUUUGUGCAUCCAAGAACUUCUUGGCAAAUCUGUUUAGAGAAGACGGGGCUAACUGGAUCGGUCUGCGGAGGUUACAGGAGUUAGAUGUGUCUGAAAACCAUCUCUCUGAUCUCUCAAACCCUGUCUUCCAUUGCUUCAAAUCUCUGAGAUAUCUGAAUGUCUCUGGCAAUAAACUGAAAAUGUUCCUGGAGCCUUGGGCCUGCCCUCUCAAAUACUGUAAAGCUUCUAAAAACUGCAUUGAAAUUCUUCCGGAUAACCUGGCUGUCUUCUGGAGGAAUCAUCUGCUGGAAGUGGAUUUUUCAGAUAACGCCCUAAAGGAUGUUCCCAAGGAGCUCUUCCAGCUGGAGGCUUUACAGUAUUUGAAGCUUUCUGGGAACCAGCUGGCCGCCUUGCCACCCGCUGACACCUGGACUUGCCGGAUUCUCAAGAGUUUGGAUCUGUCCAAGAACCAGCUGGGGAGAAAUGAGGACGGUAGUAGAACAAGACGGGUGCCCUUUUUCUCUACCAAGUACAGAACAAGAACUGGGACAGAUUUAGGCAGCUCUGUGGAGUUCCCUCUAUUCCUUCGAGAUUCUCUAGAAGUUCUCUAUCUGAAUGAUAACCAGCUCGACAGCUUUCCACAUUCGGUUUGCCAGCUGAAGAGUUUAACAGAGCUGUAUCUGGGGAGUAAUCCAGGGAUAAAGGAGCUUCCACCUGAACUGGGCCAGCUUUCAUCUCUGUGGCAGUUGGAUCUUGAGGACCUCAACAUCUCAAACCUGCCUGCAGAGAUCCGGAAGGAAGGACCAGUGACCAUACUGGCUUACCUGCGUGCCCAGCUGAGAAAAGCAGAGCGGUGUCGACUUGUGAAGAUGAUCAUAGUAGGACCUCCACGGCAAGGGAAGACCACUUUGUUUGAGGUCUUGCAGACAGGAAAAGUAUCCCAGCAAAUGCAAGGAGAUAGUACAAUCCGGACUACCCGCUGGGAGCUGCAGAGGCCUGUGAGCAUUAAGGCAAAGGUCGAUUCUGUGGAGUUCCAUGUGUGGGACAUGGGAGGCUCGGCAACGGUGGCUGCGGUGAACCAAUGCUUCCUUACCGACAAGGCCUUGUACGUCGUGGUGUGGAACCUGGCCCUGGGGGAGGAGGCGGUGUCCAAUCUCCUGUACUGGCUUCUCAAUAUCGAGGCAAAAGCACCAAAUUCUGUGGUCUUAGUGGUGGGGACACACCUCGACUUCAUAGAGACCAAGUUCCGUUUGGAGAGAAUAGCCACUCUCCGUGCCUACGUGUUGGCUCUUUGCCGUUCUCCGUCAGGGUCCAGGGCUACAGGGUUUCCUGAUAUAACCUUCAAACACUUACAUGAGCUCUCCUGCAGGACGCUUGAAGGUUUGGAUGGGUUACGACAACUGAUCUUCCAUGCGGCUUGUAAUAUGAAGGACGUGGGCAGCACAAUUGGAUCCCAGAAACUAGUAGGGAGACUGAUCCCUAGAAGUUACCUGAAUCUACAGGAGGCAGUACUGAGGGAGCAGCAGAAACGGGCUUUGGAGGAUCAGGUCCAGUACCUGACUGAUGAGCAGAUUGAACAGAUCACCGAACGGAGUCCAGGAAAUGAUAUUCGGGAUUACGAGGACAUGCAAUCUGCCAUUGGAUUUCUGAUAGAGACGGGCACACUGCUUCACUUCCCAGACACCAGCCACGGACUGCGCAACCUCUAUUUCCUAGAUCCAGUCUGGUUGUCUGAAUGCCUGGAGAGGAUCAUCAACAUUAAGAGCUCCAAGUCUGUGGUCAGGAAUGGGGUCAUUAAAGCCGAGGACCUUCGGAUGCUGCUGGUCGGCACUGGAUUCGCUAAGCAGACUGAGGAGCAGUACUUUCAGUUCCUGGCAAAGUUUGAGAUCGCUCUUCCAGUGGCCAAUAACAGUUACCUCUUACCUCACCUCUUGCCUGCCAAGCCCGGCCUGGACAUCCACUGCUUGCGGCAGUCCACCGGCAACACCGUCCAGAGGGUGUUCAACAUGAGUUUUGUCCCUGUAGGAUUUUGGCAGAGAUUCAUAGCGCGCAUGUUAAUCAGCCUGUCUGAGAUGGAUCUGCAGCUGUUUGAGAACAAGAAGAAUACCAAACCACGGAACAGGAAGUCUGCCAUUUACAACUUCACAGGGAGUCAGCGAAACCGCUGUAGCACUUUCCGGGUUAAGAGAAACCAGACUAUCUACUGGCAAGAGGGACUGCUGGUUACCUUUGAAGGGGGCUACCUCAGUGUUGAAUCCUCAGAUGUGAACUGGAAGAAGAAGAAGAGCGGUGGCAUAAAGAUUAUUUGUCAGUCCGAAGUGAGAGAUUUCUCUGCAAUGGCUUUCAUCACUGAUCAUGUCAACUCCCUGAUUGAUCAAUGGUUUCCAGCUUUGACGGCCACGGAGAGCGACGGCACGCUCUUGAUGGAGCAGUAUGUUCCUUGCAACUCCUGUGCAGCUCGGCCACAUGACCAGGAGGGGGCGCCGGAUGAGAAGGAACCUCACUAUUUUAACAUGGAAGAUUGUGUCCUGGCUGCUGUGGAUAAGGACUACUUGGAGUGUCCGAAUCAUCCGGAAGAUCCCGUGUCCCUGAAGGAGCUGGUCCCUGAAAUUUUUAUGACCGAUUUCCCUUCCAGGUUGUUUCUUGACAUCCAAAACUUGGAAUAUUCUGAAGAACACACUAACGUUUUAGGUCAAGGAGGCAGUGGAACGAUCAUUUACCGGGCUGCCUACAAGCAGAAGCCAGUAGCCUUGAAGAUGUUUCAGAUUAAGAAGUAUCGUACCUCUGCAGAGAUCACCAAAGAUACCAUGUUCAAACACAUACAGGCAAUAGACGCCAUGAGAAACUUCUCCGAUUUCCGGCAAGAAGCCAGCAUGCUCCACUCUCUACAGCACCCCUGCAUCGUCUCCCUGAUCGGGAUCAGCAUCCAUCCGCUCUGCUUUGCCCUGGAGCUGGCUCCUCUGGGCAGCCUCAACACUGUGCUAGCAGAGAGACACCAAGGGACAUCCUCGUACAUGCCUCUGGGUCACAUGCUCACACAACGUGUGUCUUAUCAGAUCGCAUCCGGUCUGUCAUACCUACAUAAGAAAAAUGUCAUAUUCUGUGAUUUGAAGUCCGAUAAUAUCCUGGUCUGGUCUCUGGAUGUCCGGGAGACUAUCAACAUCAAGCUGUCAGACUACGGCAUUUCCCGUCUGUCCUUCCAUGAGGGGGCGCUAGGUGUGGAGGGAACCCCGGGUUACCAGGCACCUGAAAUAAGACCUCGAGUUGUAUAUGAUGAAAAGGUAGACAUGUUCUCCUUCGGUAUGGUCCUGUAUGAACUGUUGUCGGGUCAGCGGCCAUCUUUAGGUCAUCACCAACUCCAGAUCUCCAAGAAGCUGUCGAAAGGGAUCCGGCCUGUGCUGGGGCGCCCAGAAGAAGUUCAGUUCUACAGACUCCAAGAGCUGAUGAUGGAGUGCUGGGACACUAAGCCAGAAAAACGCCCCCUGGCUGCGUCUGUGGUGCGGCGUAUGAAUGAUCCAAGUUUCUCAGUCUUCAAGUAUCAUAUCUUAUGCGGAAUGCAGGAGACAUUCUGUUCAUCCAGGGAAGUGGACUCCACCGUUGUCUUCUGGAUGGGAACAGCGCAAACAAGAAACUAUACAGUUGUGGACGUGGCCAAGGGUCAGGUGGAGGUACGAGGCUUGAGCUGUCCUGGGCUGAAGAUGUGUAGCCAGCUGAAAGUACAGAACAUGCUGUGGAUCGCCACUGAGGAUCAGAAGAUAUCUAUCUACAGUCUGCAGGGCAUGUGUCCGUUGAGUGCCCCCCAGAAAGAGGUUGACACGCCAGCAAUGGUAACCUGCUUCCUGACAGCGUUUGUGGCAAAGGGCUCCUGUUUAGUGCUUGCUGGUCUUGCGGACAGCUUGGUCUGCGUGUUCCCAGUAUCCAGCGGUAUCCCAAGCGCUGAUUGCUCCUAUAUCUGUUCACGCACUGCCAACCGCACUUUAUUCAAGAUUGGUGAUGAAGAUCCACGACAGAAUCCAUAUCCUGUGCUGACAAUGGAGAUCUCUAAUGGAGGCUCUGAGGUGUGGUACAGCAAUGGGCCUGGCAUCCUCAUAGUGGAACUCACAUCUCUGAAAGUGACCAAAAGGCUGGAACCUUAUACCGCGCCGUCUUUCGUUAUCUCAAUGGCAACCAGCACAGACUGCAACGGAGAAGACACAGUUUGGUGCUUAGAUGAUAAAACCAACACUUUAGUUAUGUAUCAUGCUGCUGACUGCCAACUCUGUGCUCGAUAUUUCUGUGGUGACUGUAGCCCUUUAAGGGACAUGUUUGCUUUAAAGGCUACUUCAGAACUGGCACCAGUCACCUUGCCAGAAACAAACUGUGACAGGCAAUGCCAAUCCGAAGCCAACAUCAUCUACAGCCAAGAUCGAGGAGUGCAGCUCUUAAGCCACCAAGAUUCCCUCACCGACUAUUGUUCUCUGUCUUCAUCUUCCUCUGAACCUCAAGGAACAGCCAAGUCCUCCUCCAGCCUACCCAGUACUCCAGUGAGUUACAACAGCACGCUUUUCUCCACAGACAGCGAGGAACCUGAACUGUCACGGGAACAAAGGCCCAGGAUGCCUAGCGAAAGCUGGGGAACAAAAGCGCCGCCUACAGAGGAGGAGAAGGUACUUUUGCAGGCGGUACGGGUCCUGGCUGUUAAGGAUUUGCUUUGGGUUCCCAGACGUGGAGGUGACAUCAUCAUCAUAGGACUGGAGAAGGAGUGUGGAGGGCAGAGAGGACGGGUGAUUGCUGUAUUGCAGCCUGGGGAUCUGGCAAAAGACGGGGUCUGUAUAGAAGCCGCUGUCGUGUCGAAGGAUUCGGUGGUGUGCUGCCUGCAGAGCGACACCCUGGGCUGGAUCCUGUCAGUCUGGAGAGGAUGGGGGGCGGCAGAGUUUGACAUUUUCUAUAAUUCAGCUGAUGAACUCCGGAGACUGGAGACCUGCAUGAGAAAGAGGAGAUAGCACAGUGAUGGCGAUGGGAUCUCGCUUAUGACGGCGGCUUCCUCCGCCUUUCACGUCUCUGAUGAAGCCCCUCGUGGAGAUGUCACCCUGGAUGAAGACAUAGGAAGGGCGUGGAGGAAAGUCAUCUCUAUGAAGCAAAAGUGAGGCUUGGAGGAAGAUGGACUGCGAAGAAUCGGAAGCCGUUUCCUCCGGCAGUCUUGUGGUGCAGAAGAUGCAAUAACUGCAACAGCAUUUAAGGACAACACUAAAUGCGGUGUAAAGUAGGGUGACCAGACGUCCCCGGUUUCCGGGGACAGUCCCCGGAUUGAGGACACUGUCCCCAGGUUUAAUUUAAAAAAUCUGGUCACCUUCGUAUAAAUGCAAUAUAUAGGCACAGAGCAGACAACUGCUUACAACGGAGGUAUGCAAUUAAAGGUUGCCUGAUGGUAACUGUCCUCAGGGGUGUCAGGUUCAGAUUGGACAGUUUGAUGUCCAAGGAUCAUAGAGUAAUAAAGUAUUUAUUGUAUGCACUAGCUGUGCUAGAUUGCAAAACUGUAGGAUUUAUAAAAGCUGCAGAACAUAAAGAACAGACUGUAAUCUCCCUGCCCAGACCCGUACCAUACACAGCGAGAGCGUCAUCAGGUCAGCUCUUCUCCCCACAGGUCUGCAACUCCUGGCAGCUUGUAGUGCACUUUCACCAAUGAGCUUUAAUGGGCAAUGUGCUGCCGACUUUAGUGUUCCCAAAUUCAUCUGGGAGAGUAAAAAACCUCAGACUGCCACAAUAAGGGCCCUUCACACCUAUGCCCAUGCACUAACAUGCAUUUCUAUACUUUUAUGCACUUUUUUUGUUUUGUUUAUUUGUUAGGCAAAGGGUUGUAAAAAAUAAAAACCCCAUAAAGGUCCCCAUUCACACUUGUGUGUUUUUGGAGCAGUAAAAUGCAACUGCUGGCAAAAUGAGAGAUGAGAUGUGAGCCGGUCGGAUAACUGUCCGUGGAAGGACACGUGGAUAAUGCAGAAAUAUGAACACUACCAUUGAUUAGAAUGGCACAGAUAUAAUCAUGCAUUUUGCAUAUAGUUGCUUGUAUAUUUAAAAUCCAACUCUGGGAAAAGCAGGGACUACCCCACUGCAAGGGUUAAAUGCUUGUCUGGGGCAGAGGUCUCCAAAUUUUUCAGCAUAAGAGCCCUUUCACACUGGAAACGCCUAUAGCGGAGCGUUAAAAUAGCGGU